CCGCCGCCGCCGCCGCCGCCGCCGCCGCCGCCACCGCCGCCGGGAGCACCGCGCGCCUCGGGCUCCACGCGCCGCCCAGCGCAGCGCCCGCCGGCCCCGCCGCGCCCGCCAGCCCCGCCGCGGAACCCCGCGCCGGCCCCGGGCCGCCGCCACCACGCCGCGCGCCGUACUCCGCGUCAAGAAUGGGGCGGCCAAGCUGCCCAAGCCGCCCGCCGCCGCCGCGGCCGCCGCGGCCGAGGCACCGGGCGCCGGCGCGGGCAUGGAGCGCUCGCAGAGCCGCCUCAGCCUGUCCGCCUCCUUCGAGGCGCUCGCCAUCUACUUCCCGUGCAUGAACUCCUUCGAUGAUGAGGACGCAGGAGACAAUCGGAGGCUGAAGGGGGCCAUCCAGAGGAGCACAGAGACAGGCCUGGCCGUGGAGAUGCCCAGCCGAACGCUGCGCCAGGCCAGCCACGAGUCCAUCGAGGAUAGCAUGAACAGCUACGGCUCAGAGGGCAACCUUAACUAUGGAGGAGUCUGCCUGGCAUCAGAUGCUCAGUUCAGUGACUUCCUGGGCAGCAUGGGACCAGCACAGUUUGUGGGCCGCCAGACCUUGGCCACCACCCCCAUGGGGGAUGUGGAGAUCGGCUUGCAGGAGCGCAAUGGUCAGCUAGAAGUUGACAUCAUCCAGGCUCGGGGACUGACGGCCAAGCCAGGAUCCAAGACACUGCCAGCGGCCUACAUCAAGGCAUACCUAUUGGAGAAUGGCGUCUGCAUUGCCAAGAAGAAGACCAAAGUUGCUCGCAAGUCACUGGACCCGCUGUACAACCAGGUGCUGCUGUUUCCUGAGAGUCCCCAGGGCAAAGUCUUGCAGGUGAUCGUGUGGGGAAACUACGGGCGGAUGGAGCGGAAGCAGUUCAUGGGUGUGGCCCGCGUGCUGCUGGAGGAGCUGGACUUGACCACCCUGGCCGUGGGCUGGUACAAGCUCUUCCCCACCUCUUCCAUGGUGGACCCAGCCACAGGUCCCCUGCUCCGGCAGGCAUCCCAGUUGUCCCUCGAGAGCACCGUAGGGCCCUGCGGCGAGCGAUCUUAGUGCCAGGGAUGGGGGAAGGGCUCCCCAAGAUGGCCUGGAGACUGCCCAGCCCUGACCUGGGACCCCAGGCCUAGAGGCACAUUGGACAGAGGAGGAUGGGGUUCUCCCCCACUGUGGGGAAGUGGAAUGGGGAGACCUGCCCCCCCUGGAGCCCCUCCUCACCCCUCUUUGCCUCAUACCCCUGACACCUUCCCUUUCCCUAUGGGUUGGCUGCACUUUUGACUUGGCCGGUGUAGACCUGGUGGAUUUGGCUGCGAAUGGAGAAAGACUGAGGUGGGUGAGCAAUGUGCUCACCCGCCCCAACACUGUCCCACCCGACCCCCUAUCACCUCCUUGGAAGCUUGCUGCCCGGAGCCAAGUCCAGAACCCAGCCGGCCAUCUCCAUGGUGCCAAUUACCAGCAAGUGUCUUUCCUGCGGCACCGGGGUCAGGCAGCUACUCCUGCCCUGGAGCUGAUGGGGCAGCUUUGCAAGGAUCCGGAGCCAGCUCCCGGGGGUCCAGAGCCCCCUACUUGAAGAGGAGCUCUGGCUUCCCUCUGCCUGCCCAUGGAAGGAGCUUUGCCGCAGCCUGUCUGAGUCCAUCUGUCCAUCCCUUCCUGCCUGCCCCUCUCCUGGUGGUUGUAGGAGCCAGGGGCCAGCAGGGACCAAAGGAAAGGAGAUGUCUGAAGCUGAUAGACUCCCAGGGUGCCUUGCUUUGCUGGUCUAGGACCUGGAAAGGACAUUGUCACUUGUGUUUUGGUAGAGAAUUGCUGUGGGACCCUGAGUUUCCAGAACCCCACACCCAGGGAGCUCACUGUCUCGGCAUUGAGGACCUGUGAGGUUACAGAAGGAAGGCUGAGGAAAACUGAGGUUGGGACCGGUGGUGCCAAAGUAAGGCAAAUAGGAGAGCCACUCCUUUGUGAAUGAAGU